AUGCCUGGCGUGGCACUGGCGCCGCGAUGGGACUCAGGUGUGUCGUCAACAGGCGGCUCGUCGCCCGAGUCGGGCGAGUCGCGGUCGGCGACGACUGGAUCGACCUGCUCCUCGAGCGUGUCGUCUGAGGGUACCUACCUGCGCAGGCCGGUGACCAAGAAGCACCUGGAGAGCGGAUCGACUCGCGAACUUGAAUGGGUCACUGCAUGGAUGCAGGGUUGGCGGAGUCACCAGGAGGAUGCCCACACCGUCGAGGUCGACCUCUUCAACACCCCGCACGACCCUGUCAAGAUGUUUGCCGUGUACGACGGCCACGGCGGCGACCAAGUCUCACAGCUCUGCGCCGACGAGCUUCCGGAUCGCAUCCGUGCCGCCGCGCAUGGCCGCUCAAAGACAAGCCUCAAGUCUGCCAUCUCGCGCGCAGUCAUCUCGCUUGAUGAGGAUCUCAUCAGCCGGUCCUUUGCGCACAUUCGCUCGCGAUCACCGGGCUCAACCGCCGUCAUUGCCCUUGUUACUUCGGACAUGCUCCUUGUCGGUAAUGUCGGCGACUCGCGCGCCCUUGCGUGUCGCCGCGGCAAGCUCGUUGCGCUUACCCGCGACCACCUGGUCAAUCUCCCCGGCGAGAUGGCGCGGAUCCAGCGGGCCGGCGGCUCGGUCGAGUCCGACUCGGGCGACUACCGCGUCGGCGGCCUCGCCAUGUCGCGCGCCAUCGGUGACAUCACCAUCAAGGACAAGCCCGGCUUGCCGCGCAAGGACCAACCUGUCAUUGCCGACCCCGAGUUUACAGCCAUUCCCUUUGUGCCUGCCCUCGACUUUCUGGUCGUCGCUUGUGACGGUAUUUUUGAGAAGCUCAACAACGCACAGGUCAUCAAGCACGUCAAGCGCGGCCUGGCAAAGGGCCUCGCCCUCCCAGUCAUUGCCUCUUCACUUCUCGACCGCUGCCUUGCCUCGCGAAACUCGGCAACUUCGCUCGGCCGCGACAACAUGUCGCUCAUCAUUGUCCAGUUCAAGCACCCGCUGCCGUCGACAACUACCGGUGGAACGGUGUUCACCCGCUCGCGGUCGCGCUCCAUCUCCGACUCGCCAUAG